GAAGGGCAAGGGUUCAAAGAACCCUAAACCCUUCUCAACCCUUCACCCCAAGCAAAGCCUCGCUGCCAGGAGAGCAAUGUCGAAGUGCUUGCGAUUCAAAGCUCCGAUUCCCGGCUUCAUCUCCGGUGGGACGAGGUGGUUCUCAGUCAUCACUUCCAACUCCCCUUGCUCAGCUGGGAAUGAGGAUCCGACGAGAGGGUCUUAUGCUGGAGUCAUCAAUGGCAACAUCUCCACCGAGAGGACCUUUUAUGUCGUUUGACACAUUGCAUGCUGCUUUAGAUUCAUUGAAGAAAUCAUCAUCAACAGGAUAUGGGAGCGGUGCAAAAUAUGAAGACUUCACCACCAAAUUCUGUUAGAAAUGAUGAUGACUUUGCUGAAUUAGGCCCAUUGUUAUCAUCACGAAGUAAAUCAAAUGACCGUUUGCCUCAACAAAAACAUGAGAGCGUUGAGGCAAACAAAAGAGCAGUUACAGCACAGCGUUCAACUCCUGCAAAGUAUAGCCUUGAUGCUCCAGAGUACUUCAUAAUCAGAAUCAGUAACAUUAGCAUGGAGACAACAGAGCCCUCAAUAUACUCAAUGUGCAUGCCAUGUGGAUAUGUAGCUGGGCUGUCAAGAACAAAAGAGGAUGCUGCUGAAGUUGCGUUCAAGGUGAAGGAUAAAGUUGCUGCCGAAGGCAUAGUAAAACGUCUGAGCAAUGUUUCUGCCAAUGGCUGUAAAUGGUCUGCCAAAUUGCUACCGGACCAUGAUCAAAAUUCUCUGAACAAUGCAGCUCCCAUGCUAAUGGAAUCAAAGAUCCCCGAUGUCCUGCGGAGGUUUAGGAAGCAAUUUAAUAUGCAAAGGAUCUAUUGCGAAGAUCUUGAAGACUUGCACCAUGCCAUACUUCACUUGAGGCACCAAAGCAGCUUAACCAGUCAACCAAAGCUCAUGUAAAUGUCGAAAAAUGUGUUAAUUUUAAGAACAUAUUGUAUUGUACUGUUAUUGGUUUUUGCAAUCUGUUUUAGUUGUGUUAUAACUUCUUAGGUUGAUAAAUUUGUCUCAAUUCCUCUUAGAAGGUGUUCAUUUCGGGUGAACUGAGUGAAAAUGG